AUGUCUACAAAGCUCCAAAGAAAAUUAGAAUUGACUUUGGAGAUCAUUGAGAAGAGUGGGCAUGACUGUGAAGGGAAAUUAUUUGGCCAAAUCCCACCACUGAAGUUUCAAGAUAUAGUCCCUAGUCACUACGACAAACUAGUGCCUCCAACCAUAAAUGACGAAGCUGCAGUGGUGCACAUAAAAAUAGCUGUCCUGAACAUCAAUUUUGUAGACGAAGUGAAACAGGCUUUCGGUGUCGAUAUCUUUUUCCAUCAAAUGUGGAAUGAUCCUCGCCUGAGGAUCCCUGCAUCUCAUAACACGAGCAGGCUGGUUCUGGACAGCAAAUGGAGGCAACACUUGUGGACCCCGGAUACGUACUUCAAGAAUCUCUUGGAUGGAAAAGUCAACGACAUCAUCAUUCCGUACAGCUAUAUGGUUCUUGACAGCAACAGCAACUUGUUUUUUGCGUCCAGGGUAAGCCUCAAGCUGGACUGCGGAAUGAACUUGGCUUCCUAUCCACAUGAUGUACAGCAGUGCGAGAUACUCGUCAUGAGCCCGUUAUACUUCAGUGGAAGGAAUUCCAGAUUACGGACAAAAUACUACUUGCUCAGUAUUACGUUAGCGGAAAUUAUAGUGCCAAUGGGACAAAAAAAUACGGAAUAGGUGAAUUUUCCUACAUAUCUGGACGAGUAAUGCUUGCUCGGCGCAUCGGAUUCUUCCUAAUCAACAAGUACAUCCCCUGCGCCCUGAUAAUUUGCAUGUCUUUCGUCACCUUCUGGAUUCCCGCCGAAGCGUAUCCAGCCAGGGUGACGCUCUCUGUCACUUCGUUGCUGACCAUAGUGACGCAACAGUACCAAAGCUCCAUGCCGUCCGUUUCAUACGUUGUAGCCUUAAACAUCUGGAUGCUGUCCUGUAUUGGGUUCGUCUUCUGUUCCCUUUUGGAAUAUGCUUUCGUCAUUGCUGUCAUGAACAAUAAAGGAACUAAUCUUUGGCCUUUUUGUAAAUUGAGGAAUCUUUUUACUUCGCCGAAGAACAAAGAGAGCGACAACGAAACUGGCAAAUCUCCCAUCCGUACAAGAGAGUCAUCCAAGAUUUCACACCAAACUAUCGACAAAGCCUCCAGACUCAUAUUUCCACUAUUUUUCCUCAUAUUUUGUUCUUGCUAUUUCGGGUACUUCAUUCGGUAACAUUUUGAAUUGCCGCAUAAUGGGACAUCAAGACAUUUGAUCUUUUGUCACUCCUAAUAGUCAUAUUUUUGCCAAACGAUUUAACGAACAAAAGCUAUGCUUUUAAGGAUAUACAAUGUUGAACAGCUUUGAGGAAAGUACUUUGAGAAGAUUGUGUUACAUUUUGCCGUGGAAAAAUGACACUACAUCGAUUGAAAUGAAAUCAAAUGAGGAGUUUGCUUUUAAAACGAAUUAUAUCCAGUUUUAUAUUUUUUUGGAAAAACGAAAAAAACGUUUUACGCACAAACACUAACUGUUCGAGUUUCGAAUUUCUCACAUGAUUUGGUAGAAUAACAAGUGACAAUUGGCAUGAGUCUAGGAAUUUUUCCUCAAUUUUACCAGACCUAAAUUGCCAAUUUUAUUUUGGAUAUAUGCCCUUUUGGUGUAGAACGGUGGAUAUCAUCCCUAAAAAAAGAAAAAAAGAAAGAAAGAAAGAAAAAAGCAUGCAUUUUCUUUAGAUAUAAACUUUAUUAGAUUGAAACAAAAUAUUCAACAUUUUUUAAUCUAUUAUCUGUAUUUUUUUUACUCUACUUUAUUCCUUCCUACUUACUUUAUUCUUUUCAUUGAUUAUUUCAAAGAAAAAAAAAGGACCUUCGAUCCAAUUAAGUAUGAACAAUAGAACCACCCAAGCCGAUUGAAAUAACAACGUUGUAGGUAAUAGAUCACAUUUUUUAUCACAAAUAAUCACAAUUUUUAUCACAUAUUAAUCAUCACUUAAUCACAAUUUAAUAGUAAUAUGAAUGAUUUAAUAUUAAUUUAUUAAUCACAAUUUGAGGUCGCGCUUGCCUAACUGAUAAUAGACUUGCACAAGGCGCAAGUUGCUGCGAUUUCUUAAUGCUAAUACGGACGAGUAUCAUGCUUGAAAAUUGGAAAUGCUUAGCCAGUGCUUCGCUCCGUUAUUUUAUUUGUGAACCACUUUUGAACUAGAAGUAGCAAAUUCAAAUUUGGAUAUGUGCCCUUUUGAUAUGAAAGUGAAUGAGUGGUUACCGGCAAAUAAGGGAUAAGUUCCACUUAGCAGUAAAAGACCUGACGAGAAAUAAGGGGAUGGAUAUACACCGUUUCGGUGGUAAAACCAAUGUUUACGCCUUUUUUAACUGUAGAUAUAAACUACAAGAAAAAAGAAAUUCAUGGGUCGAUAGGGCUUUCAUUAGAGAUUCUGAAAACGAAAAAAAAAAAAAAAAUCCAAAAGUGGAUGUACUCUGUUUUAAAAAUACACUCCUCAAAUAUAAAUAAAAUGAAAUAUAAGGUGACCAAUUCAUUUCUUGUUGUUUUUGAUGAACCAAAAGAAAAUGAAUCACAGAAAAUGUAGCCAACAGUAAGCCCUCAAGGAAAUCUUCAUCGACAUUCAGAACCGUCUGCCAACUUGUCUCCAGCUGCACAAUCUUCUUCGGUAAAACUCGGAGGUCAUGGACGCAAAGAAUUCCGUGAGUGCUUGGAGCAGGUCAGCUUCAUCGGUGAAGGAUUUCUUACGAGGAUGAUUAUCCAGGGAGAGAAAGAGGUGAUAAUUUGCUUGAACAAGGUCAGAUGAGCAAAGAGGAUGGCAUUACAUUACACCCCAGGGUCCCCCGUACCUACCACAGAUGUGGUUUACCAGUUGGAUGGGGCCCUGGAGAAAGUUCAGCCUCAGUGCAAGUUACAGAAAAUGUUACAGGAAACAAAGUUACCCAAAAAAAAAUGUCGUUGUACAAAGAAAACAACAACUACAGACUACUACUCGUCGAUUUGGGUGAAUUUUUAACAGUAUGUGGAUCUCACUAGCACAUCCUGUAUAAGUUACUUAAACGGUGUAUAUGAUGUCUAACUGCUUCAUCAGAAACGGGAUACUGUAUUGAAAGUGCACUACAUUUUAGGCUGCGACCCUCCUCAAUGUCCAUUUUUAGGGUUUUAGGGCUUUGUCAUCCAAGGCCUGUGGUCCUUUUGCUCCUUUAACAGAUCCAUUUUUCUUCUUUACUGUUCGAGCGUCGCCAGACAGAUGUUUCAACCAUGUGACACACCAGUUUAUAUACCUAUUAUCACUUCUUUCAAUGGCAAAGUAAAAACGGCAAGAAAUUGAUUGGUUAUCUUAAUAUAAAUACGUCAAUCUCAUAGACAAUUAAUCAAAAUAUGAUAUUGGUCAUAUAUAAACAUAUCGUUGAUAUACAACAAUUUUGUUGCUGAAAGAGCAGAGAUUGUAUA